CGCGUCGCUGCCUGCAGCGACGAGGCGACUGAACACCGACAAACCGACGACCACAUCUCCGCAUAUCCACAUGCAACUCCAGAUAUGAUCUUCAGUGAUGCUCGCACUCAUCUAACUGGGCCCUCGAGAGAUGUCUAUCUCACGCGCGUAACGGUACCAGGGUCCGGAGGGGGUGCACUGUCCAAGGCGCCAGACGGCCGGAGAUGCGUGGUCGCAGGCAGGGAAACUGUGCGGAUACUUCGUGUUAAUGGUGUAGAUGAGUCUCUCAGCGAGCGAGAACACAAGAGUGCAACAGGUCGGGGAGGGUAUCACAUAGACGCGUCGCGCAAUAUGUGGGAUAACAGUGGGCUGAGGCUUGAGUACGCCAGUACGGAUGUUGCAUGGGCACAAGGAAACUUUGACAAGAAGAUUCUCACCAGCGCACGGAGCGGUGACCUCGUCAUGUGGGACCUGGAGAAGAAUGGCUCUAAUAAGUAUGAACGGAGGACGCGGACCCAUGCGCGUGCAGUGCAUACAGUGAGGUGCUCGCCGUGCGUGCAUUACUACGCGCUUACUGGGGCUGCAGACGGUGACUUGCGAGUAUGGGAUCUAAGAGACAUGCAACGCUCGCUGAUGAAAAUCCACCAUCCAUCGGGGGUACGGUCGGUUGUGCCCUCACCUAGCACCUCGCAUCCACUUCAAGCUGUGGUUGGGUUGGACAAUGGAAGCAUAUACCGCUGGGACCUCCAAAUGGGCCAACGAGGACAGCUAGACCGCCUUCCUGUCGCACACACAGGACCUGUUCUCUCGCUGGACUGGACCGUUUCGCCCACACAUACUGGCCUAUCCACAGGCAAUGGAGCUGGCACUUCGUCUCCUCAGGGAACCUACUCGAGCGCGACCGGUGUUAGCACAUAUGGCGCUGGUGGCCGUGAUAGUGGAACAGGGGGAGGGACGGGUGGAGCUGGGCAAGGCACGGGUGCGGGUACGGGUACGGGCGUAGGUGAGGGGUCGGUACGAAGUUGGAUCCUGAGUGGAGGAAUGGACCGGAGUGUCAAAAUAUGGUCCUUGACACCGCCAAGCACCUCCGCCCACAUUUCACCGCGUCCGAUAUACACCCUACACCCCGCCCAUCCAGUACGUCGCGCGCGCUGGAGGCCCGGUCAUCCGACCGAGGUCCUCGUUGUCCCUUUCUCGGGCGACGAACGCUCAGGUGGCGCGGGAUCAUCCGCUCUCGGUACGCCAGCGGGGAGCUUGAAUACCAUAGCCGGCGCGAACCUUACUUCUGGCGGCAACGCACCCGGAAUGGGAGGAACCGGGCUGAGCAGAGCGGCUUCGAUGGGCCCCGCGAAAGGAAUCGGCGCCUCGGGCAUGGCGAGAGUAAGCUCGAUGGUGGAUGUAGGGAGUGCGUUGCCGGCAUCUUCGCGACGCGCGGAUCUGGGACACGGGCAUGGCUAUGGGCAUGGGUUUGGGCUAGGCGGGCGGAGGAAUAGUGCAUCGGGUGUUGCUCUCGCUGGGAGCGCUAACGCCGGUGGUGGAGAUAUGGGUGGUAUGGACGAAGUCGGGCUGGGACCGACGGGGAUUGGGGGAGGUGAGAUAGUGGAGGUGUGGGAUGUGCGGAGGCCGUGGUUGGCGAAGUGGGCAGUCGAGGGGUGCGGGGUUUCUGACGCCGUCUUCGCAACACCAUACUCCCUCUGGAUGCAACAUAACUCGGGCACGUUUGCACAGGUUGACAUGCGCAACGCUAUACGACCCAUUGAUGCUAUCUCGCGCGUCGCACUCGCAUGGGGUGUCGUCCCGCCACGUCCAUCUCAUGCAGGUAUAGACACUGGAGAAAGCAUUGUCCGUCAAUGGGACGGUGGAGCUGGUCAUGGACGGGAAGACAGUGAAUGUGGAGAUAGCGAUGACGAAACGGAUAGUGACGAAGACGGCGAUGAAGAUCAAGAUGAAAGGGACGAGUGUGAUGAAGGUGGUGGAGAGGCACUCGUUUGGGUUUCGGAUCGAAAGAAGGGGGUCGAGGUGCCAUACGACGAUAUUCAUCCAGACAAACGUGCCCUAGUACCCAAGCUGAAGACUCUCGGUGACCCAUGCACAGCUCCACUGUUACAGAACAUGGGUGCUUACGUCCGUUCCACCUCGAUCACCUGUGGCAUUGCUGGUGGCAAUGGGCAAGUAAACGAAGAGUCCUUUACUCGACUUGCACGGGCAUACGUGAUUGAUAGUCCAAUAAAAGACGAACAAAAGAGCAUCGGCAGGGUGCAGGUUUGUACCAUUAACGGUGAGGUCGCUAUGAGGGCUAGAAAUGUCCGUGCAGCCCAAGCAUGGUUUCUCCUUGGCUCCCUCCUCACAGAUAUCGUUCCUCGCCCACCUUCACCCCAGUCCAUGUUGAACGAGAAAGAUAGAGGUGACACGAAGAAGCACGUCCACAUGCACCAGCCUAUUCCACUCCCGCAUUCGAUCUCAGCGCCCGCAGCACUCCCAACGGUUGGGUCUCUCGGCGAGGAUGACGGCGCACACGGGCAUAUGCAUCAGCUAGAGGCUAUGCGUUCCGCGAGUAGAUCGGGGGCCCCAAGCGCUCACGCCAAUGGACGAUUGCCCAUUCCGCACGGGGAGCCGCAACGAACGAGGGAGCCGUCCACCAGGGACGGAGGUCAGGGUGCAGUUCCUAUUGCACGUGGAACCGCCGCCGGGAACGGGAACGGCGUUGAGCAGCGGCCAGGACCACCCCCAAACUCGCGGAGUCACACUCCCGCCUCGAGUGCCUCGAGUUCUCCGAUGCGGGGGCCUGUCGCACUUCCCCCGAGUGUGACGAUGGCGCCGCUGUCGUCGCCUUCGCCGCCGACCUCUAUCCUGUCGCAUUCGCAUGCCAACUCGCACUCCCAUACAAAACCGAGUGACCACAAUAACCACUCGUCAACGCCUCGUGUGCAGAUACCGAAUCAGCCCUCUGGCUUAAACCGUCCGUCAGCGCUUGGCCAGAGGCGCUCGUCCGUAUUGGUCCCGAGCGUCAUGAGCGCGUCGCUCAAUACGCGUAGACCGUCUGUGUAUAGCCGUACCUCGGCUGCGAGCACGAUGUCGACUCCUAGUGUGCUCAGCGAACAGUCGCACGCCGGAACGGGUAGCAGCGGGCACGAGUCUGCGACUCCGAGCGUCGGCGAGGUUUCUAGGCCUAAUAGUGUCAGUGUGGGCGGAAGCACGAGUAACCGACAUUAUGGCGAGGGUGCGCUCGAUGACUCUGACUCGAGCGACGAGGGAAAGAAUGAGGACGAGCACCAUGAAGGCGAUUUACACAAGGAGGACGAUGUCAUCAACGCCCACACAGUCCCGGACGACCACCAUUCACAUUCACACCAUCCUCAAGAAACAUCUAGUCCUAUCUCGCCUAGUCCCAACACCACUCCAAACGCGUCACACGUCAACUCCCGCCGGCAUACAAAAGUACACACUAGUCCACCCUUACGAGCCGUGUCGAGGCCCAGCCUAGCGCACCCAAGUCCGUUGUCACGUCUCGCUCUGCAACACGGCUGGACAGACGACGACACGGACGAUGCGGAUGAGGAAGACGAAUCAGAAGAUUCGUUAUCUGGCCCGAUGAUUCCGACGCCGAUGAUACGCCUAUCUGAUCCUGGACCUCCACUUAACGCGGGGUUGAGUAUGAGCGCACGGAGAACUGCGAGUACGAGCGUUACGAGCGCAACUUCAGGGGGUAUACCUGGAAGUAUGGCUCGACCGGGUAUUGCGGGGCCGGGGCCGGCAGGGGGCGCGGGGAUAAGGGCGGUUAGAAAACGCCCAAGGGAAGAGUCAGCUUCGACACCUUCGGUUAGUGAGGACAGCUCUGAGGACGACGAAGAACACAUCCGCCAGGAAGAUGACGAGUCUGACCUAUCGGAUACGUCGACGAGCGCCGUGAAGUCAAGCGGAGCAAAGAUUGUUCCGCCUAGGUCUACGGGGAGACGUGGAUCGAUGACAGACUCGCGCAGUCGGAGCGGGACGAUUCGCGGCCCGCCUCCUUCGGUGGUGACGUCCGUCUCUCGUUCUCAAAUCCAAAUUCCUGGGCUAGAACGCGAACAGGACGACAUCUCGGGUGCUAUAGGACCGAGCAUCGAGCAUUCUCGGUUCGAUAGCGGCCAGGGAACUGUAACACCCGCAAGCAUCGGCAUGGGCAGGCCAUCGAUCUUGAGCAGGCAAGAGAGCAAGAGCAGCGUCCGUACCGUCACGCGGGGCGAUGCCUCUUCUUCCGCCGAGCCCGACUGGGACCCGAUGCUGUACCCCUAUGCCUUUGCGCAUCCUUCACCAUACACCACGGCGGACAACUCGCGUGCACCUUCGCCUGGUGGUGGCUCGGGACACGGAAAUAGUACCGGGAGGCGGACGCCCGCACAUCGGCGGACACGGUCAAGAGUAUUCGACGAGCAAGGCACCGGCGGGGAUAGAGCCUCUAACCUCAACGAAUUGGACAGGGAGAGGGAGGAAAAGGCAAGAGAGAGGAUGCCUGAGACGGUGAAGAGGAUGACGGUCAAGCAGUGGGAUGUGGUACGAGCGGAAGAGGCUAAAUUCAGGGAAGCUGGAUGGACCGCCCUCAAGGAAGCAUUCGAGGAACUCGUCGUGCUGGGUGAUAUACAGACAUGUGCGAUGCUCGCCGUUGUUGCGAGCGACGAGCUCAAGCUCGGAAAGAGAAGAAAGAUGCAGCUCCUUGAGUCGUACAUCGACAUUUUAUCACGCAUGCGACUUCACACCGUUGCUGCAUAUCUCCGCAAGUUUACGGACAUCGACGAGGUUCGUAACGUAACUAAGCUGGAGACAGUACUCUAUACUAUUUGCGGUACAUGUCGCAAGCCAGUCCUAGUCCCCGCUUCCAGGAUCCGCAGUCAGCCGAAGGGAGCAUAUUCACUUUGUCCGAGCUGUAAGGCGUCUUUUCGCUGUUCCGUCUGCCAUCUCCCUGUCCGCACCCUCCUUUUCCAUUGCUCUAUCUGUGGACAUGGCGGACACCAAGAGUGCUACAGGCGUUACUGCGUGUAUCGACCUAUGACUGAACUCUCUUCGUCAUUCUCCUCGACAGAAGUUCGGGGGCGUCAGUCAGGGCGGGAACGAAUGGACAGCUUCGUGGCGGAGCCGGAAGAGAUUGAAUCACGCGCUUCACCAAGCGGGUCCCAUGCUGGAGUUGUCUUCCCUUCUCCCGGUCCAGGACACACAGUGCCGCCGUCGGGGUCACCAAAACGGAAGAAGUUGAUGCUGGGUCAUCCGUGUGCUGCGGGGUGUGGUCAUUUUUGCUUGGCUGCGGUAAAGACCGAGGAGGUGGAGCCGUGGAGGUGAUGUGUACUUUUGUGUCGUCAGGGUUUCAUCGCACACCUGAUUGUACCUCGUCAUCCGCGAGGACAGUGUUCUGUUUUUAGGCCUAAUUGGCACACGAUCUUGAUUUUCAAUAAUUCUACGAAGCUUUCCAUGAAUGCACCAAGGGAGACUAUGUGCUACACGGUGUUGUACCAGUUCAAAACAAAUUCUGCUGCUGGGUAAUGCGUGCCCGCCCAGCCGUCAUAUGUUGUCUCAAACUACCCGUAGCCCUAUCUAAUUGGUGCUCGCUGCCUUACGCAGCGUCGUCUGAUAGAGAUCAUCGGGAUCGUUGGUAAGUAACUCUAACACUUUCGCCGCAGCGUCAUUCUCUGCUUCUUUCUUCUUAUCUCCACUUCCC